GGUUGGUAACAUAUCGGGGUUUUAUUCCUUACUUUUGUGGCCAAAUCCGUCGUAGGUGGAGAGAGAGAGAGUCGGGGAGGGAGAGGAUCCUUGGAUGGAUUCGAUGGGGGUUGUGACGGCCAUCGAAGACGGUCAGCGAGGCAAGUGGAAGCUAAGGAAAAGGAGAAAGAAUUCAUCUUGUUAUGCUCCAAUUAACAAUCUGGAUGAUGGUUGCCUCAUGCACAUCUUCAGCUUCUUAUCUCCCAUCCCAGAUCGGUAUAACACCGCCCUCGUUUGCCACAGAUGGAAUUACUUGGCCUGUCAUCCCCGUUUGUGGCUGCGAGUAGACCGAUCUGUUAAUGAUUUGUCAGAGCCUGGAGUUUUCCCCAACAUUGAGACUGCCGUCUCUGCUGCAAGGCCGGGUGACACCAUUUUAAUUGCAGCAGGGGGCACUCAUCUUGCCUCUAAUAUUCAGAUUAAAAAACCACUUUGCCUGAUUGGUGGUGGUGAGCUUCCUGAUGAAACUAUACUUGCAUGUUCUCGAGGUUCAGACAGUGCGUUGGAGUUCCUGUCCACCUGCAAACUGGCAAAUUUGACAGUGACGGCUGAGCUUGGUUGCUGCUUGCUUCAUAGAAGUGGGAGGCUAACCAUAGAAGGGUGUGUACUUCAAUGCGAAUCAAACCCACUGGACUAUCUAUCGUGCCCGAUUAUGAGUACAGCUGGUGGCAGUAAGCUAUUCUCUUCGACCCUGAAGGGCAAUGGCGAUAGCGUUUCUGUUUCUCAAACUCGAAUUGAAGGAGGGGCCAAGGCUGUUUUAACCAGUGGGGAUCUGUCAUUGCACCGAGUUCGAGUUAUUUAUGCUCGAACAUCUCUAUAUUUCUGGUUUGACUUAGAUUACCAGUGAUGGCCAUUAUCAUCCCUGCCUAUUGUAGCAAAAAUGUUCUUGUAAUCUUGUCGAUUUAGAUAUUUAUUUUGAAAAAUUAUCAUAAAGUUUUAUGAUUCUCAUC